UAUCCGUCAUCUUUAUCCUACGCAACACACAUCUCAAAGCAAACAGAAUCAUUUUUCCUCCCCACCACUAUGUGCACAUUAGAAAAAACCGGCAACAUCUUCUACCUUACGCUUACCGGCGACGACGAGCACCGGUUGAAUCCUACUCUCAUCGCGACCCUCCGAUCAACACUAGCGCAAGUUAAAUCCCAAUCCGUGAAGGGUUCUGUUCUAAUAACCAAAGCCGAUGGAAGAUUCUUCUCCAACGGCUUUGAUCUAAAGUAUGCACAAGCCGGCGGCUCAGAAAAAGCUGCUGUCGAUCGACUUACGAACAUGGUGGAUUUGUUAAAGCCAGUGGUUGCCGAUUUCAUGUCUCUCCCGAUUCCAACCAUCGCUGCCGUUACCGGCCACGCUGCGGCGGCAGGGCUGUUGUUAGCGCUGAGUCAUGAUUAUAAAACGAUGAGAUCGGAUAAAGGCGUGUUGUAUAUGAGUGAAUUGGAUAUAGGAAUGACUUUGCCGGAUUAUUUCAUGGCGAUGAUAAGGUCUAAGAUUGGAUCGGCAGGUGCUCAGCGGGAUUUGGUGUUGAAAACGGCGAAGAUUAGGGGAGAGGAGGCGGUGAGGCUGGGAAUGGUGGAUUCGGCGCAUGGUACGGCGGAGGAGACUGUGGAUGCGGCGGUGCGACUGGCGGAGGAGCUGGGGAAAAAGCGUUGGGAUGGUAAAGUGUAUGCAGAGAUGAGGAAAUCGUUGUUUCCGGAAUUGUGUGGACUUUUAGGGUUGAAAGACGUUGCAGUUUUGCCUUCGCACCUUUGAGUGAGGGCCAUUUUCUUCCCUUUUUUUACAGUCGGAAAAUAUUGAUAAUAAUUGUUACUAGUACUUCUGGAGUUUGGAUUUGUGUAGUUUCGUCUAAUAUUUAAUUAUCGAUUUUAAGCACCUCCUGCGUGUAUCAUUUUCGUCUAAUAUUUAAUUAUCAAUUUUAAGCA